AUGUAAGCAAAUUCGGAUAUGAUCGUCUGUGUAAAAAUAAUAUUUCUACUCUGACUACUGUGAUUUUUGUCGAGACGAUCAUUUUCAAACUACUUAAAGCAUGGCCUCUAGCCCCCCAGAAGACAAGAAGAGGAAAAUAAAGCGACCAUUGUUCAAUCCUGUUGAGCAUGGUCUAGGAGAGCGCUUCAAGCUCACCAACUACACCAGGUUGAAGGGAUGAGGCUGCAAAGUCCCCCAGGAGGAGCUGGUGAAACUCCUGGAGGGACUUUCGCGGCCGGACGGGGAGAGUAUAGGGGUGGGGCUGGAUUGCUGUGUGCUGCCAACCAGACACAAGGGGAUUCAUCUGGUGCAGACCACUGACUUCUUCUAUCCGCUGGUAGAAGAUCCUUACAUGCAGGGGAAGAUAGCGUGUGCUAACGUGCUCAGUGACCUGUAUGCCAUGGGGGUGACUGACUGUGACAAUAUGCUCAUGCUGCUGGGAUUGAGUGAGAAGCUGACUAACAGAGAGAGGGAUAUUGUCACACCCCUUGUCAUUAAGGGAUUCAAUGACCUGUGCACUGAGGCUGGCAGUUCGUGCAAUGGAGGACAGACAGUCAUAAACCCCUGGUUCAUCAUUGGGGGCGUCGCUACGGGUGUGUGCCUCGAGUCAGAGUACAUAAUGCCCACGCAGGCUCAAGAAGGUGAUGUAUUGGUGCUCACCAAACCACUGGGCACUCAGAUAGCCGUCAAUGCCAUCCAAUGGUUGGACGAUCCAAACUCUUGGGAAAAGAUAAAAGAUGUGAUCACUAAAGAGCAAGUCACUGAAGCAUAUGAGGCCGCUAUGUACUCUAUGGCUCAUCUGAAUAGGAACGGAGCAAGACUCAUGCACAAAUAUGGUGCUCAUGGUGCUACUGAUGUCACUGGAUUUGGCAUCCUUGGUCAUGCCAGAAACUUAGCCAGUUGUCAAAAAGGUCCUGUAGCCUUCAACAUACACACUCUACCAAUUUUGGAUCACAUGGACGGAGUGGCCACCACUAUGAUUGAUAAAGGCCUCAACUUCAAGCUUAGAGACGGCUUCUCAGCCGAAACAUCAGGCGGCUUGCUCGUGUGUCUUCCCAAGGACAAGGCUGUUGAUUUCUGUCGUGAGCUAAAGGAUCUUGAUGGAAUGCCGAAUUGGAUAAUCGGAGAUGUUGUUUCAGGUGAUCGUACUGCUGACCUCAGCGCUAACCUAAAGGUUGUCGACGUCGAUAACAGCUUCUGUCAAUAAACUGUGUGCAAGGACACCAUCGCUGUGUAGCUGUAAUAAUCUUUGUGAACAUAAUAAUUAUAAUAUGUACAGUUAAUGAAGCUCAUCGAAAAAACAAGGAAACUUGAUUUGAUGAGCUGAUGAAACUUACUGUAUGUUAUGCUUAAUUAUCAUGCCACACCUCAAAUUUAUUUUUCUGUUGUAAAGUUGUUACAGUUUUGUUGUGUGAUUUAUUAAUACAUCAG